AUGUCCAAAUACUGUGAAUUUCCUGACUGCGAAGGUGGCCCAUACACCAAUGAAGAGGCCCAAAAACACAAAUGGCGCUAUCACUCCUUCCCUGUUUCCUCCAUCAUCGGGGGACAUGAGUACAUUGUGGCACAAUCCGACACUUACUAUGCCUGCCCAUUGCCUGGGUGUGACAAAGAAUUGAGGAAGCGCAAUGACAUGCAGAAGCACAUCAUCCCUGACCAAAAUGGCAGCGUCUCCAUCAAGGUCUUUGACACUUCAAUGGACCAAGACCGUGAUGUCUCAGUGCAAGCUCUUGUGCCAGGGACUCCGUCCCCUCAGGGGAUUAUUCCCACAGUUGACAAUGGGUCUCCUGUCGAUUCUGACAUGGUUAAACUCCUGCCAUUAGUGGACUACUUGAAGUCAAACAAGGCUCUUGAUGCACUGGGGGAGCCAGACCUCAGCUCAAAGAAAUAUUCCUGCCUAGAUUGGACGCUCCCUUGGUCAUUCCCACUGACACAGAACGAGAAUGCACCCCGCUUGUCCGCUGCAUGGCCUGGGACAUACGAUCAUUUCCGCAAAGCAGUGACUAUCUUGGAUGGUCAUCCGCAGAAGCUCAGCCUAAGCAAAAUCUUGGUGCACAGCAAAAACAUACCCCAAGAGACGGAUACAUAUUGGAAGCUGGUUGCAGAAUCAAACAAGAACUAUCCCAAUCAUAUCAUACAAUUUGUCCGAUGCAUGAUUCACCUUCACUUAGAUUGCCCUCUUAAAUUCUCAUUCUCCCUUUCUGAAGAGCAAACCCCUCUCCUGGAGGAGCUGAUAAUGCUCUUGCAGGAUCCCCAUGUCUUGCGCCACAGCAGGAUGAUUUCAUACCACAAUCUGGCUUGGUCCCUUGUCAAUGCUGACCCGACGCAGUGCAAUGUAUCAUGGGCAAACCCUAUUCAGAGAGCCAUCUGGCUCAAGGCAUUGCGUGUGGAAGGAAAUUUCUAUGAAGCCACGGAUCUCACUCCUGACCUUGCAAAAUAG